GUUCCGCUCACGCAGGAGUCGAGCGCAGCGGGCGGGGAAGGGACCUGCUGAAGCUGCGGCCGCCCAGCCGCUGCCAGAGCGCGCGGCAUCUCCCCUGGCCCGGCCGGCCCGCUCCAUGCCGCUCCAUUGCGGAAGUGUAGCGGGGGGAGGGGGCGGCGGCGGCGGCGGCGGCACGGAGCGCGGGAGGCCGGAGCUCGGCCCCCUGCAGCACUAGGCUCUGGGAGCAGCGCGGCGCGCCCACCGGCCCGGCUGCCCGUGCGCCCGCCGCAGCCUGCAUGCCCCGCGCCGCGCCUCGCCCGGCCCCAGCCGCAGCCCACUGCUCGCACCACUGCUGCCGGGCGCCGGAGUAAUAUGCUCACUCGAGUGAAAUCUGCCGUGGCCAAUUUCAUGGGCGGCAUCAUGGCUGGCAGCUCAGGUUCCGAGCACGGCGGCGGCGGCGGCUGCGGAGGCUCGGACCUGCCCCUGCGCUUCCCCUACGGGCGACCCGAGUUCCUGGGGCUGUCUCAGGACGAGGUGGAGUGCAGCGCCGACCACAUCGCCCGCCCCAUCCUCAUUCUCAAGGAGACCCGGCGGCUGCCCUGGGCCACUGGCUACGCAGAGGUUAUCAAUGCCGGGAAGAGCACACACAAUGAAGACCAAGCCAGCUGUGAGGUGCUCACCGUGAAGAAGAAAGCAGGGGCCAUUACCUCAACCCCAAACAGGAACUCAGCUAAGAGACGGUCCUCACUUCCCAACGGGGAGGGACUGCAGCUGAAGGAGAACUCGGAAUCAGAAGGCGUUUCCUGCCACUACUGGUCGCUGUUUGACGGUCACGCGGGGUCCGGGGCUGCCGUGGUGGCAUCCCGCCUGCUGCAGCACCACGUCACGGAGCAGCUGCAGGACAUCGUGGAGAUCCUGAAGAACUCGGCAGUGCUGCCGCCCACCUGCCUGGGCGAGGAGCCCGACCACACACCCGCGAACAGCCGGACUCUGACCCGCGCGGCCUCGCUCCGCGGAGGGGUGGGCGCCCCCGGCUCCCCCAGCACCCCGCCCACGCGCUUCUUCACCGAGAAGAAGAUCCCGCACGAGUGCCUCGUCAUCGGGGCUCUUGAGAGUGCAUUCAAGGAAAUGGACCGACAAAUCGAACGAGAGAGGAGUUCAUACAGUAUAUCUGGUGGUUGCACAGCCCUCAUUGUGGUUUGCCUUUUGGGGAAGCUGUACGUGGCAAAUGCUGGGGACAGCAGGGCCAUAAUCAUCAGAAAUGGAGAAAUCAUCCCCAUGUCUUCGGAAUUCACCCCUGAGACUGAGCGCCAGCGACUUCAGUACCUGGCAUUCAUGCAGCCUCACUUGCUGGGAAAUGAGUUCACACAUUUGGAGUUUCCAAGGAGAGUACAGAGAAAGGAACUUGGGAAGAAGAUGCUCUACAGGGAUUUUAAUAUGACAGGCUGGGCAUACAAAACCAUUGAGGAUGAUGACUUGAAGUUUCCCCUUAUAUAUGGAGAAGGCAAGAAGGCCCGAGUAAUGGCGACUAUUGGAGUGACCAGGGGACUUGGGGACCAUGACCUGAAGGUGCAUGACUCCAACAUCUACAUAAAACCAUUCCUGUCUUCAGCUCCAGAGGUAAGAGUCUACGAUCUCUCCAGAUACGAGCAUGGAGCAGACGAUGUGCUGAUCUUGGCCACUGAUGGACUCUGGGAUGUUUUAUCAAAUGAAGAAGUGGCAGAAGUAAUCACUCAGUUUCUCCCGAACUGUGACCCAGAUGACCCUCACAGGUACACACUGGCGGCUCAGGACCUGGUGAUGCGUGCCCGUGGCGUCCUGAAGGACAGAGGAUGGCGGAUAUCCAAUGACCGACUGGGCUCAGGAGACGACAUCUCUGUAUAUGUCAUUCCUUUAAUACAUGGAAACAAACUGUCCUGAAAACAGCCCAGGGUUUUAGAAGGACAGAAGGGAAGAAAGUUGGGAUGCCGCUGGGCAGGGCGGGGCUGGGAAGUGCCCCAGCAGAGUUCCAGAUGAUGACACCUCUUCCCUGCCCAGGUGGGAAAGGCCUCUGGCUGAGCUUCAAGAGGACCCUCGGGUUGCAGUUUCCUCUUUAGUAACAGGUCUGGAUACUCAACAAGAGCAAAACAUAAAGGCUGCUACUGAGUGUUGUGUUUCUGUCGGUUCCUUUCAUAGGCCUCCUAGGUGGCCAUUGCCCAUGUGGGGGCACAUCCAUCAUAUUUAUUUUAUCCAGAGAGCUGGGGCAGCCCUUUUCGGGUGUCACUGGCAGAAGACUCUUCAGCCUGCCAAGCUGCCAACUUCCCUACGGGUUAAAAGUGCUGCAUUGGAGAGAUGGGGAUCAUGCCUCAGAAGAUGGAAGCGCCCAUCUUCUAGUAAGCCUGAGAUUUAUUCCAGGGAACACUAUCUGUGUGUGUGUGUGUGUGUGUCUCUCUCUCUUUUUUUGUUUUUUGGUGCCGGUGGGGUGCGGCAGGGAUUUUUUUUCUUUUUUGACAUUCCUUGAAUCUUAAUUGUUCUCCUUCCAUAGAACAGGCCUGGGACUUUCCAGGCCCCUGUCGAGGAAUCUGUGUGUCCGAGUCCAGCCCAGACCGUCCCCAUAUCCCGUAGCCCACGCCACCCAGGCCGCCAUCUGGAGCGGUGCCCUGGCUGAUGGAGUUGUCUUUGUUGUGUAACAGUUUGUCCCUGAGUUGCAUUUUCUCACCAAAUCAGUGUGUUUUCGUGGAAAUAUGGGUGUUCCUCUGUCAUCUUCAAGGGCCCCCCUGGUGUGGUUGAGGCCUCUCUGGGAGAGUCUGGAUUUCGUUUCUGGAACGGUUGGCCCUCGCCCACCCGCUGUGCCACAGGGACAGACACAACGCAGGGCUGAAGCGAGCAGUUUAAGAGGCUCCUUGUAUCAAGUCAGUUCACCACACCCCAUCCGAGGACCACUCCUCCGUCUGGACCCAGGUUCCAUGGACUGGGACUGUCCCCAAGGCCCCUCCAAAUAACAUGUUAAGGAGCAGAGUUCUGUCAGGAAGCGGCUGUCUCCGCCUCCCCAUCACAUCUGGGCAAGGCCCGCUCAGAGUGGCCAUUUGAUAAAAGUGAAUUUGAAUCAGGCUGGGCACUCCGUUCCUUCUCCACGGAUCAUGUCCCAGCCGCCCGAGGACCGAGGCCCCUGUUCCCACUGUCACCCCGCCUCUGGGUGUUCCUCACCAGAGCAGCAGCAGAGGACGGGUCGGAUCUACCUGGCGCUUCUCGGCCGGGAGGACUCGCAAAAUAGAUGUUUAGAAAUCACUUUGGGGCAGACCGCUUCUGGGCAUGGGGGGGGGGCCUUAGAGGGCAGUGUCCAGUCACCGAGCCUUCUCCCCGCAGACCUCCUGUGGUAGCGUCACCAUCUUGACGACUUGUUGUAAUAAGACAUGCUUCCCACCCAUUAAAGACAGAGGUCAGUGGUGUGACUCCCCCAGAAGGCUGGAGAGCCAGUUCCACUUCUCCUGUUCGUUCAAUCCCUUCCCCAGAGGGGAGGAGAGGAACCUUUCCUCUGGGAUGGUGGAUCGCCUGCGUUUAUAUUCUUGGAAUGUAGAUAUUUUCUUAGGAACGUCCUGGAGCCUUCCUGCUUCGGAAUGUAUUCAUCCCACAGUGUGGAGGCAACGCCCGGUCUGCCAGGUGAAGUACGGCGGGAAUUCGCCCACCGAGUGUUUGCCAAGAUGUUGUUUGGGAAGAACCGGACUCGCUGGUCCCCCGUCGGGAGCCAUCGUCAUCUGACGGCUUCCCUCCUCCUUCAGGAAAUCCUAGCCGCCCCCAGCGCCUCUGUGGGGAGAAGUCUGUGGUAAACCAUUUGCUGCCGUGGCAGAACAGGACGCUCUGGGGAAACAGGCAGGCGCCCUACAGCAGUGCGGUCCGCUUUCCGUUGCUGCUCUGACUCUCAAAACCGCGUACGCAUUCGGAAAUGAGGAAGUUUUACAUGGAGGACUCUGAGCUGCCUUCUUUGGGAAGCUGUCCUCACAAGCACUCACCUCUUCCCCGUGUUCCCACUGCCUUUUCACUUCUUUUAUGUCCUGGGCUUCUGUCCGGGCCCUACCUUGAGCUUCUCUGGAGUUACUCAAGGCAGCAGAGUCAGAGUUCGCAUGUGCGUAUCAUAUAGAUGUCAUGACAACCUGGACUCAAUUCCCCAGUUCACUUCCUGCCAAGGCGUGUCUCAGCAAAAACUCUGGAAGCCCCUGAUUCAAUUUAUCCUCAAGUCUUGAGUAUUUAGUCCUACUGGAUUUAGUUAGAAAGGUGUCUAGGAAUUUCUCCUCAUAAGCCCCCAUGGGUGGAAAGGUCUUAGUAGCAAGCUGAAGCCAUGUUGCCAGUUUGCGGGGAUUGGAGGGAAACCACAAAUGAGAUGAAUAAGUCAAAUGUGGAAAAAAAAUGAUUUGUUAAUGCCCACGGCAGGUCCGCCCAGCACCGAUACUGCUCUGUGAAUUGAGCUUACUCAGUUUUAGCCUUAUUUUUCCCCCUUGGAGCAUUCCUGGAAAGGUCAAAAGGCAACACACUCAAAAUUCUGCAGAACAUAUUUAUACGUGGUUCUGUGAUCUUGCGUAUCUGACUUACAGUCAAGUCUGCUUGCCCUAGUAGCCUCAGAGGAAGUCUUAUUUAAUAAAACUUUCGAUUUCCUAGUCAAGUCUUUACGGUUAUCUGGGGGGGGAGGGGUGUGGCCACUUCCUUUAAUGAAAGCCUCUCUCAGUGCUAAAUCUCUUUGCUGGACUGGCACCUGCUCUUCAGAGUAUUUGGUGACACUCUUUUCCUUAAAGAGAGCAAACUCACACUCCAUCCACACUGUGGCAUUUUGUCAGGCAACACAGCCAAACCUGUGCUCUCUCAAAACCUGAAAUCGGAGCGGUACCAGAACCAGAAAACUGGCGAGUGUGUUCUCCUGUGGUUGUGCUUUUGCCUAACGGCUGUUCUUACAGAGAGAACAGAGAAGUGAAAGUCGGGCUAGGCCAAGUACUCAGCUGUGUAAUAGGACAGAGCUCCCCAAGUGGGAAUUUGUUAUUUUCCACAGUUUACAGUUUUGGGGAAUUUGGGGUAUUUAAUUUUUUAAUCCCUAGCAAUUUACCUCCAUGAGGCUGCAUGAGGUCAGCUGUGCUCAUUCUUUUUGUACUCUUCUAAGUAUUCAUUUACUUCUUGGAAAGAAUCACAGCUGUCAGUAGAUACUGGUGGGCAAGGAUGAGAGUCCCAGUAUCCAGAGUUGGCCUCAGAUCUUGGCCAUUCGGGCAGGGUUUUCAGUUCACCAAGAGCACUGGUGUGGAAACACUGGGAAAAAAAAAUCUCUCACAUCUUUACGACUCUGGUCUAACCUCCUUCCUCAUCUGCCAAUCAACUUUAUUUACAAGGCCACGAGUAGUCAGUGGUUUUCUUUCCACCACAGUCUGAGGAUCUUACCUUUCCUUAAGCAGCCCAGCAGCUCUACUGUUUUCAGACUGAACAUGUUAAAGUUUAAUGAGAUUCUAUUUUUGGUAAGUUCGUGCUAUUGGGACACAUGGAGAAAGCAGUGAGAGUCACUGUCUAUGCAAAAACCCACCAGGCUGACCCUAAAUGGUAGCGGAUCUAAGAAAAUAGUAAAACAGUAUCUGGCCACUGGACAGAAUUUUACAUUAGGAACUUGGAUUUUUGAAGAUUUUCAGUUGCAGAGACAUGUCACAGCCUGCACACCAUAAGCCCCCCAAGUGUACUUUGGUUCUGUGUGGGUGAUGUGACUUAUGUGCAUACACUGGGAUUUUUCAAGGGACACUACAUGAGCAGCCUCACCUGCCUCUUCUGUAAGUACCGUGGGGGCUCUUUGUGGUUUGAGUGUCAGUCCAGGGAGUGCUGCUCUUUCUAAUCCACGUGAUUUGUGUAAAUAGCUUUAAUUUUGCCUUUGCAUCUUAGAUGCUUUGUUUGUGUAGCGACCAGGUAGACAGUGACCAAAUGAGGCUUUAAAUGUAUUGUUUUCGGGCUUCCCUGGUGGCGCGGUGGUUGAGAGUCCACCUGCCGAUGCAGGGGACACGGGUUCGCGACCCGGUCCGGGAAGAUCCCACAUGCCGCGGAGCGGCUGGGCCCGUGAGCCACGGCCGCUGGGCCUGCGCGUCCGGAGCCUGUGCUCCGCAAUGGGAGAGGCCACAGCAGUGAGAGGCCCGCGUACCGCAAAAAAAAAAAAAAAAGUAUUGUUUUCUACUGUGAUGUACUUGAAGGAGAAUCUUGUGUCCUCCACUCUUCCACUCUUCCAUAGUAUUUUGUGUUUGGGGUGUCCUGAGGUUACUCUAUUACUCCUGUUUUGCCUCCACUUUCUUUGUUUCUUUUGGAAACCCAGGGAGGCCCACAGUGGAGAUCAUUUGUAAGGAAUGUAUCAUGGUCUGGGUUUCCAAGAAAAUACCCUACGUACAGUGAAUGAGAGGAAUCUGCCUGAAAAUGCUUUCGGAACCAUGUACCUUUAUGCUUUGUGAUUGUGAAACCUUGACUUUUGUAACCCAAAAAUGAAAACUGUUUAGUAAAGGGGAUCUAUUUUGUGUGUUUUGAAACUUAGGUGCAAUGUUCCCUGGAAAAAGCUAAAGAAAUGUAUAUGCUCCAUGCCAUUUUAAAAUAAAAUAUUAUACAUAUGUAUAUAGGACACCUUUAGCAAAACCUUUUUGUGUCAUUUCGUUUAAUUCACUAAGAAGUUUCUUCAUACCAGGUAGUGGAAUGAGUUGAGAGGGUCAUGGCCUCAUGGGGAGUCAUCAACUGUGAACAGACUCAAGAGAAAAUCAGACGGGAAUGGAUGCCAACACUAUAAAUCUUCACAGGAAUCAGCAGUAAAAGCUGUACAUUUCACCAGUGCCUCUAGAACUACCAUGGAUAUUACUCCCAAGAACUACGCCCAACAGGUAAUUCUUUUUUUUUUUUUUAAUUGAGGAUAACUGACAAAGACAGCAUUAUAUUAGUUUCAGGUGUACAGCAUAACAAUGCAGUGUGUACAUAUUGUGAAACGAUCAUCACAUUAAGUCUAGAGAACAUCCAUCACCAUACAGCAUUACUAACUUUUUUUCCUUGUGAUGAGAACUUUUAAGAUUUACUCUCUCAGCAACUUUCAAGUACGCACUACAGUGUCAUCAGCAAAUACUAUGCAAUUAUAGUAUAGUCACCAUGUUGUACAUUACAUCCCCAGGAUUGAUUUAUUUUAUAACUGGAAGUCUGUACCCAUUUCACCAACUCCCCACCCUGUGCCUCUAGCAACCACCAAUCUGUUCUCUGUAUCCAUGAAUUAGGUUUUUUUAAAAUUAAUUAUUCAGGUUCCACAUAUAAGUGAGAUCAUACAAGAUUUGUCUUUCAUAAGACAUAGCAUAAUGACUUGGCAGGAUGCCCCAAAGGUCCACCCAUGUUGUCACAAAUGGCAAGAUUUCACUCUUUUUUAUGGCUGAAUAAUAUUCCAUUAUAGCUCCAUCUCUAUCCCUAUCAUCAAUCUAUCUAUAAAAAUACAUACACACCACAGUCUCUUUAUCCAUUCAUCCUCUGAGGGACAUUUAGGUUGUUUCCAUAUCUGGGCUAUUGUAAAUAAUGCUGCAGUGAACAUGAGGGUACAUAUAACUUUUUAAAUUAGUGUUUUUGUUUUCCUUGGAGAAAUACCCAGAAAUGGAAUUGUGGGAUCAUAUGGUAGUUCUAUUUAAUUUUUUGAGGAAUCUCCAUACUGUUUUCCAUAGUGGCUGCACCAAUUUACGUUCCCAACAACCUUUUUCCCCACAUCCUGCUAACACUUAUUAUUUCUUGUCUUUUUGAUAAUAGCCCUUCUGAGAGGUAUGAGGUGAUGUCUCAUGGUUUUGAUUGGCAUUUCCCUGAUGAUUAGUGAUGCUGAGCCUUUUUUCAUGUACCUGUUGGCCAUCUGUAUGUCUUUGUUGGAAAAAUGUCUAUUCAGAUCCUCUGCCCAUUUUUUAAUUGAUUUUUUUGAGUUGUAUGAGUUCUGUAUAUAUUUUGGAUAUUAACCAUUUAUCAGAUAAAUAUCUAUGAUUUGUAAAUAUUUUCUCCCAUUUAGUAGUUUGCUUUUUCAUUUUGUUGAUGGUUUCCUUUGCUGUGCAGAAGCUUUUUAGUUUGAUGUAGCGCCUCUUGUUUAUUUUUUCCUUGGGUGCCAAAUCCAAAAAGUGUUUGCCAAGACCAAGGUCAAAGAGCUUAUUACCACCUACGUUUUCUUCUAGGAACCUUACGGUUUCAGGUCUUACGUUCAAGUCUUUAAUUGUUUAUGGUGUAAGUAGUGGUCCAGUUUCAUUCUUUUGCAUGUGGCUGUCCAGUUUUCAAUGCACCAUUUAUUGAAAAGAGUGUCCUUUCCCCAAUGUAUAUUCUUGGCUCCUCUGUUAUAAAUUAAUUGACCGUAUAUGCAUGAGUUUAUUUCUGAGCUCUCUAUUCUGUUCCACUGAUCUGUGUGUCUGUUUUCAUGCCAAUACCAUACUGUUUUGAUUACUAUAGCUUUGUAAUAGAGUUUGAAAUCGGAACAUGAUGCUUACAGCUUUUUUCUUCUUUCUCAAUGUUGCUUUGGCUAUGCAGGGUUUUUGUGGUUCCAUAUAAAUUUUAGAAUUGUUUGUUCUAUUUCUGUGGAAAAUGCCAUUGGAGUUUUGAUAGGGAUUGCACUGAAUCUGUAGAUUGCUUUAGGUAGUAAGGAUAUUUUAACAAUAUUAAUUCUUCCAGUCCAUCAGCCCAGUAUAUCUUUCCAUUUAUUUGUGUCUUCAGUAUCUUUCAUCAAUGUCUUAUAGUUUUCAGUGUACAGGUCUUUCACCUGCUUGGUUAAAUUCCUAGGAAUUUUAUUCUUUUUGAUACAAUUGUAAAUGUGAUUGUUCCUUUAAUUUCUCUUUCUCAUAGUCUGUUAUUAGUGUAUAGAAAUGGAACAGAUUUCAAUGUACUAAUUUUGUCUCUUGCAACUUUACUGAAUUCAUUUAUUAGUUCUAACAGUUUUGUAGAAAGUCUUUAGGGCUUUUUUUUUUUUUUUAACAUAUACUAUCAUGUGAUUUGCAAAUAGUGACAGUUUUACUUCUUUCUUUCCAAUUUGGAUGCCUUUUAUUUCUUUCUCUUGCUUAAUUUCUCUGGUUAUGACUUCCAACACUAUGUUCAAUAAAAGUGGCAAGAGUGAGCAUCCUCAUCUUGUUCCUGAUCUUAGAGGAAAAGUUUUCAGCUUUUCACCACUGAGUAUGAUGUUAGUUAUGGGCUUGUUAUAUAUGGUCUCUAUUAUAUUCAGGUAAAUUCCCUCUGUAUCCACUUUGUUGAGGGUUUUUAUCAUAAAUGGAUGUUGGAAUUUUGUCAAAUGCUUUUUCUGCAUCUAUUGAGAUGAUCAUAUAAUUUUUAUCUUUCAUUUUGUUACUGUGAUGUAUCAC